CCGGGGGCAGCAAGUCGUCGGCCGCCGCGCUCGAGCCUCCGCCCGCACCGAGCAGCGGGACCCGGGCCGCACCGGGGAGGGGCCGCUCCGGGCCGCAGCGCGAGGGCAACGAGGGGCGGCGGGGACCCGGCACCGGGCGGGGCCGGCGGCAGCGACCAUGAUCGCUUUGUUCAAUAAACUGCUGGACUGGUUCAAGGCCCUGUUCUGGAAGGAGGAGAUGGAGCUCACGCUGGUCGGGCUGCAGUACUCGGGCAAGACCACCUUCGUCAACGUGAUCGCGUCAGGACAGUUCAAUGAAGACAUGAUCCCCACCGUGGGCUUCAACAUGCGCAAAAUCACCAAAGGGAACGUGACCAUCAAGCUCUGGGACAUUGGGGGACAGCCCCGUUUCCGCAGCAUGUGGGAGCGCUACUGCCGGGGAGUGAGUGCCAUUGUGUAUAUGGUGGAUGCUGCAGACCAGGAGAAGAUCGAGGCCUCCAAAAAUGAACUCCACAACCUACUGGACAAACCUCAGUUGCAGGGCAUCCCGGUCUUAGUCCUGGGUAACAAGCGAGAUCUCCCAGGGGCACUGGAUGAGAAGGAACUGAUAGAAAAAAUGAAUCUGUCUGCCAUCCAGGACCGAGAGAUUUGCUGCUACUCCAUCUCCUGCAAAGAGAAGGACAAUAUUGACAUCACCCUACAGUGGCUUAUUCAACACUCAAAGUCACGGAGAAGCUGAGACCGUGGCCCUUCUCCCUCCGACCAGGGACGGCAGUGAUCUAAACCUGAAGCCGAGCUCCCCGCCCACCCCAUCCCCCCAAACCCACCCCCCCUCACUCAGUGUGGGGACGGCCCUCUGGGGCUCCCAGAGACCCAUUCUGCUGAGGUUUGAACUCCUGUUUUUAUUGUAAAAUAAAUUGCCCCCCAACUGGGCCCCUAACCUCUCCCCCUUCUCUCCCUUCAUCCCUUCACCCAACCCUGCUUCCCUCCCACAGCCCCGGCUCCCCCUGGCCCACGCCUCGACUUCCCUUUUCAACACUCUCUGUUGUUGUCCUGUGUGUACAGUAUAUAUAUGUAUAUAUAUUUUAAUUUUUUAAUUUAAGCAAAGACUAAAAUCAACCAUUUGAUGCUGCAGGGGCCAUUUAGGAUCUGGGAGGGGCCAUCUGGAGAGAAGGAGAGAGAUGCAGGGUGGGCUUGGGGCAAGUUCAGACCAGAAAGGCAGAGCCUGGCGCCUGGGUCAGGUAUCAGCCCAGGUUACUGGUGGCCACCCCCCGCACACCCCGGUCCUGUGUGUAUCUGUCUCCCAAUCGGGCUUGUCCCCACAGGGCUGCAAUGCCACAGGCAGGUGGGAACUUCUCUGCCCCCAGCCUUGGUAGGGCCACCAGGCACAACCAGGUGCCAGAGGCCACCAGGCCUAAGGGGCAGGAAAAUGGUGUCCAUGCUGCCCCAGCACCCUCUCCACCUGUUCCUGGUCCCUGGCUCCUGCCCCACCCAGGGCUCCCACCUCCACAGCCCACCUCAUUUUCUGUUCUCAUUUUGCAGAGUUGCACAAGGAGAGAACUCAGCAUGGGGGGUUGGUUCUUUGGGUUUGGUUUUUUUGUUUGUUUAUUUGUUUAAUUUAAUGAUUUGUAAAGUGAUGUUCCUCUUCCUUUUUUACACUUUUCAGCUCAUAUUUAACCUCUGUUUGGAAUAUGAUUCUUGUAACUACAUUUUUUUGCCUCCUAAUAAUGACAACAAUAAAUUACCAAUUUUGUGUU